CAUUGGUCAUUCAACGUCAUUGUAAAUAUAUUUAUAUUCUCUCUCUUUUUCUUUUGUUCAAACGGAAAUACUUUGAAUUACAAAGUAAUAAAAACAAAAGCUUAUAAAAGGACAUAGCGAUAAAGAGCAUUAUAAAAUCUGACUAGCUUAAUAAUCAUAUCUAAUAGUAUAAUUUAAGUAUAUAAAUAAUUAUCAUGUUAUAUAAGUAACAGUAGCUUAAAUAAAACUCGUCAGAGUCAUUCUUUAUUUGUAACUCAAACGAUAUCAGUAAUUGCGAAUAUCAAAAUACAUUCGACAGUACAUCCGACAGAAAACAGACAAAGAUAAAUACACAUAAAAUACACAUAGUAUUUUUUUAGAUUAUCCAAUAAAAUAAUUAAAACUAUGGAAGAAACAUAUGGAUCAUGGAAUGGUAUUAAUUCCGGUGAGGAGAUUGUUAUUUCUGGUAUUGCUGGCAGAUUUCCAGAUUCAGACAAUAUAUAUCAGUUACGGGAUAAUCUUUUUAAUAAAGUUGAUCUUGUCAGAGCAGAUCAUGAUCGGUGGAAUAUACAUCAUCCGGAUAUUCCAAACCGUGUAGGAACAAUUAGCAAUAUCAAAAAAUUUGAUGCAGAUUUCUUUGGAAUAUCUUUCCAGCAAGCACACGUACUCCCGUCCGACGUAAGAAUGUUAUUAGAACGUUCUUACGAAGCUAUUAUCGAUGCAGGAGUUAAUCCAAAACAACUACGAGGGACAAAUACUGCCGUAAUCAUAGGGAUAGCUUAUAUUGAACCACAAGCGCAAUUAUUGUUUACUGAUGUUCAGUCAGGUGGUCAGAAUAUUGUUGGAUGUGCCAAAGCUACAACCGCAAACUUGAUUUCACACAUUUUGGAUCUGAAAGGAAUAUCAACUACUAUUGAUUCAGCAUGCAGUUCAAGCUGUUCUGCCAUGGCCGUUGGUUACGAUUAUAUUAUGUCUGGCAAAUGUGAAAAUGCGAUAAUUGGAACUUCAAAUAUAUGUUUACAUCCCCUGUUAAACUUACAAUUUGCACGUCUAGGUGUUUUGUCACCUAGUGGUUACUGCAGACCAUUUGACAUUGAUGCAGACGGUUAUUCACGUAGCGAAACGGUGGCAGCGAUAUAUCUACAAAAAGCAAAGAAUGCAAAAAGAAUUUAUGCUGUAUGUCCUCAUAUUAAAUUAAAUAACGAUGGUUACAAAGAGGAAGGAAUAAGUUAUCCAUCAGCACAAAUGCAAACCACUCUACUAAAAGAAUUUUAUAAUGAAUGCGGAAUACCGCCAUCUUACUUGGAUUGCAUUGAGGCACAUGGUACCGGCACCAAAGUUGGUGAUCCUAACGAAAUCAGUGCACUCUAUACUGUUUUGGGUGCGAGUAGAGAAACUCCAUUAAUGAUCGGUUCCGUAAAAUCUAAUAUGGGUCAUUCUAAACCCGCGAGCGGUAUUGGUCAAAUUGCUAAGGUAAUAAUAGCAUUCGAAACCGGUUUUGUUCCACCAAAUAUCAAUUACACGUCACCACGACGUGAUAUAGAGGUUUUAUUAAAUGGAACUGUACGUGUCAUCGAAGAACCAUUGCCAAUUAAGAACGGUUACAUUUGUUUGAAUUCUUUCGGUUUCGGAGGAUCCAACGCUCACGUGCUAUUAAAAUGGAAUGACAAGCAGAAAAUUAAGGAUCGAGUAACGAACGAUGACCUGCCUAGACUUGUAAUAUUAUCUGGACGCACUGAAGAAUCAGUAAAAUUAUUUUUAAACGACAUUGCUAAUCAACCGAUAGAUAUAGAAUAUAUCCGUUUACUGCACGACGUCUAUGCUGACAAUAUAGAUGGUCAUCCGUGGAGAGGAUUCAUUAUACUGAAUAAUUUGAAACAAGAACCAAUAUACGAAAUUCAAAAUUGCGUUAAUAUGAAAAGACCAGUUUGCUUUAUAUUUUCUGCUUUAGGCUCACAAUGGCCAGGAAUGGGCCAAAAUUUAUUAAAAUUUCACGUCUUUGCAAACACAAUAAGAAGAUGUGAUGAGUUUUUAAAACCAUAUAGUAUAAGUGUCAUGGACAUUUUGACAGAUACAACUCAAAACGUGUACGAAAAUGCAUUAUACGCGUUUGUUGGCAUCGUCGCUAUUCAGGUUGGCUUAGUGGACCUUCUAACAUCUUUAGGAAUUAUUUCGGAUUACAUGAUAAGUCAUUCUGCUGGUGAACUCGGUUGUGCGUACGCGGAUGAAUGUCUCACCACUGAACAAACUAUUUUAUCAGCAUACUUUAUCGGUGUGGCAUGUAUGGAAGGAAAAAUAAUUCCCAGCUCUAUGGCACUUGUCAGCUUAAAUUACAAAACUCUAAAAGAUAUGUGUCCAACGGAUAUUGAGAUAAUAUGUCGCAAUAGUAAGAAUAGUAGCAUUGUGUGUGGACCCACAGAAUCCGUACAAAAAUUUGUGAAAAACUUACAGCCCAAUAAUAUUCACGUAAAAGAGAUUCUGUGCAAUGUACCAUAUCACAGUUCUUAUCUUGCAUCCGUGAAAACUCGGCUUUUGUGUAAUUUAAACAAAGUAAUACCAUGGCCGAAGAAACGGAGUCCAAAAUGGAUCAGCUCCUCCGUACCCUGUGCCGAGUGGUUUACCUCAGCAUCGAACUUAUCAUCGGCGGAUUAUCAUACGCACAGUAUAUUAAACACCGUUCUUUUUGAACAAACGGCACAUCUAAUUCCAAGUAACGCUGUGACUAUCGAAAUCGCACCAGAUGUCGUUCUCCAGAAUGUUUUAAAGGAAUCCUUACAUCCGAAAGUGACGAACAUUGUAUUAAAUCAACGUACUGACGUCGAUGUAUUUCUGCAAAAAAUUGGAAAGCUCUAUAAUUGUGGUUUACAGCCCCAAAUUGCCAAUUUAUAUCCUUCAGUGAAAUUUCCAGUUAGUCGAGGAACUCCUAUGAUCGCUCCGUCGAUCAGAUGGGAUCAUUCCAAAGAUUGGUUUAUAUUUAAAUAUCAAGAACAAAUAUACAAUAAAUUCCGAGAAAGGCACGUUAAAAUCUUACUUCAGAGUGAGGACGAUGAAUUUAUGGGCGGACAUAUUAUAGAUGGGAAGAAUUUAGUACCAGCGACUGCUUAUCUUGCAUUCGUUUGGGAAACUUUCGGCAUGAUAAAAGGAAAAAUAUACUCAUCAAUUCCAAUAACAUUCCAGGAUGUACGCUUCAUUCGUGCUACCCAUUUGUCAAAAAAUGAAGCUACAAACUUAACGAUUGCAAUUCUGAAAGAUGGAAGAUUUGUAAUAACCGAAGGAGACAGCGUUAUAGUAACUGGUAGAGUAUACGAGUCAUCGAAUCCAGAACAAGAAAUAACUUCUACAGAUAUAUUGUCGGAAAACAACGAAGAAGAACAUAUGACUACCAAAGAUAUUUACAAAGAAUUGAAAUUGCGCGGUUACCAGUACAGCGGCUUGUUUCGUGGAUUACACAGCGCAUCUAUUUCAGGCAACAAAGGACACGUCGCUUGGAAAAACAAUUGGGUAACAUUUAUGGAUACCAUGCUACAAAUGCACAUUAUCGGACAUGACACUAGGGAUUUGUAUGUUCCUACAAGUAUUGAAAAAUUGACGAUUAAUCCUGCGCUUCAUGCUUGGACGGUACAACAAAUUGAAAACGAGUACCCUACAACAAAUGCAGAUAAACACAUUUUAUUACCGAUACGAGUAUACAGAGAGAUCGACACGGUCAUAGCCGGCGGAAUAGAGCUUCGAGGUGUCAAAGCCACUCAGAUCGCUCGCCGCAAAUUGGUUCAAGAUGCUGUUAUCGAGGAAAACGUAUUUGUAGCCCAUCAUGAUCGCGCAAAAAUUUCUUUAAGCGAAGCGAUACGAAUAUCUGCGCAACUCGCCUUGGAAGAUCACCAGGUCACUAAAGUGAAGGCCAUUGAGCUAGUGGAAGAUGACGAUAAUGUUACAUUAGAUUCCAUAUCUUCUUUACUGUUGAUUGAUGCUUUUAAUGACAUACCCUUAAUACAAACAAAUAUUACUCUUUUAACAUCGCCGAACCGUUUUAAUCCAGCAAACCUAUCGCAAAACAUUUCGAUUGCUGAUUUAAACAAACCAAUUGUGAACGACAAAGUCUUAAUAGUCGCUGGAUUCAAUCUUUUAACCAAACAACAAACUUCUCUAAAACGACUUUUGCCAUCUCUAAAAGAAGGUGGUUAUCUGUUGACACGCGAAGAAUGCGACGUAUAUGAUUAUAGCAAAUAUCAACAGCAAUACGAUUUAAAUGUUAUUCUUGAAAAACGUACUGAUAAAGAAAUAAUCGUUUUUAUGAAGAAAAAAGUUCAGAUAGAAAAAAGAAUUGUUAUUUACAUAAAUAAUGACAACUUUAAUUGGCUGGACGAUUUAAAACCACUAGUGAGUGACGAGAACAAACUCGAGAAAAACAGUAGAAUCAUAAUUGUUGGAGAGGGAGACUCUGAGUGUGGUCUGUUGGGUUUUGUCAACUGUUUAAGAAAAGAACCAGGUGGAGAACUCGUUAGAGGUGUGUUUAUUCAAGAUAAAGAGGCUUCUAAAUUUUCUCUUCAGGACUCCUUUUAUUUACAACAAUUGCAAAAAGAUAUGACUAUUAAUGUGUUACGACCUAAUAAAAUAUGGGGAUCGUACAGACAUUUACAAUUACCACGGCAAGAAGCCGAAUCUGUUCUAACCGCACACGUUAUUCAGACGGUCCGUAACGAUCUGAGCACAUUUUGUUGGGUGGAAAGCGAGUUAUCUAUUAAACCUGAUCGUAAAGAUUUGGUAGAUGUUGUCUACUCGUCUCUCAAUUUUAAAGAUGUAAUGGUUGCAACUGGUAGAGUAGUAUUUAAUCAAAUUUUGAGAGGACGGUUAUAUCAAUAUAUUCCUCUGGGAAUGGAAUACGUUGGAUUCGACGUUAACGGGCAACGUGUAAUGGGACUUAAAGAUACUAACUGUAUAGCAAACGUUGUUGCAGCACGUGAAAAUAUGUGUUGGAAGAUACCGGACGCGUGGACAUUUGAAGAAGCUGCGACAAUCCCAUGCGUUUAUGGCACGACUUACAUCGCUCUUUACAUUCUUGGAAAAAUGAAAGAAGGUGACAAAAUACUUAUACACUCUGGUACUGGCGGCAUUGGACAGGCAGCUAUUAACCUGGCUCUCAAAGAAGGAUGCGAAGUGUUUACUACCGUGGGCACAAGCGAGAAGAGAGAUUUCAUUAAAAAACUGUUUCCUGCAAUUUUAGAUGAACAUAUUGGAAAUUCUCGGGAUAUCAGUUUCGAACAAAUGAUAAUGCAUCAAACGAACGGUCGCGGGGUCGACAUCGUGUUGAAUUCAUUGGCGGAGGAAAAGUUAAUAGCAUCCGUUAACUGUUUAGCACAAAACGGUCGUUUUCUAGAGAUCGGCAAAUUUGAUUUAUCUUCUAACAAUCCUUUAAGUGUAUCUGCGUUUCAAAAAGGAAUUAGUUUUCAUGGGAUUGUAAUCGAUGAAAUGAUUUUUGGCGAUCAUAAGCAUACGCCCCUUAUGUUCAAAAUGAUAGCUGCUGGUGUGAAUAACGGAACCGUCGUUCCAAUUCAAGCAAAAGUUUUUCCGAGAACAGAUAUUGAACAAGCUUUUAGAUACAUGGCGAGUGGAAAACACAUGGGAAAGAUUAUUCUAAAUAUGCAGAAGAAGGAUAAACCUUCAGACGAGCCUGUUAUCGCGUAUCGUCGCUAUUACUGCUACGCGAACAAAAGUUACGUUAUACUAGGAGGUCUGGGUGGAUUUGGUUUGGAGUUAACCGAUUGGUUGAUAUUUCGGGGUGCCAGAAACGUCGUGCUAGUUUCACGAACUGGAAUAAAAAACGGUUACCAACGCAUGAAGAUUCGACUGUGGGAAUCGUAUGGUGUAAAUGUACUGAUCAUCAAGGAUAUCGAUGUCGCUAAUCCGAAGGACUGUGAGUACCUCUUGCGAACUGCGGAAAAAAGAGCACCCGUGGAUGCAAUAUUCAAUCUCGCUGUGGUGCUGAGGGAUAACAUUCUGAAGAAUCAAACCGCGACAACGUUUGCAGAGUCCUUUCAGUCGAAGGCUCGGGCAACGCAAGCUUUGGACAAAUGUUCCAGAAAGAUUUGCUCUAAGUUACGACACUUUGUAGUGUUCUCUUCCGUUUCUUGCGGCAGAGGUAAUUCUGGACAGACUAAUUACGGCAUGGCCAACUCCGUUAUGGAGAGAGUAUGCGAAAAGAGAACGCACGAAGGAUUACCCGCACUGGCAAUUCAGUGGGGAGCUGUGGGUGACGUGGGUCUUGUCGCUAACAUGCAGGAGGAUGAUAAAGAACUGAUUAUCGGCGGUACUUUGCAACAAAAAAUAUCCUGCUGCCUUGACGAGCUCGAUAAAUUAUUACUUCAAAGUCGACCGGUGGUGAGUAGUAUGGUGGUAGCUGAAAAAAAGACGGGAUCUUUCGGACUUGGAAACCUGGUAGAAACUGUUGCCAGUAUUUUAGAUAUAAAAGACAUAAAAGUUAUAAGUCACAAUAUGUCUCUGGCCGAACUUGGAAUAGACUCUAUGAUGAGCGUUGAAAUCAAGCAAACUCUAGAACGAGAAUUCGACAUCUUUUUAACUGCACAAGAAAUACGAAAUCUUACUUUUGCGAAACUCAUUAAAAUGUCCAACGCAGACUCCAGUGAUUACAAUACGCAAAAUAAAACAAAAAUUAAUACAAAGAUAGUUGAAGCCGUAAAAUUUCUAGUUGGCAUUGUAAAAGACGCCGAUUUUAUUUCAGAAACCAGUAUUGAACUUUCAACUGGUAAACAGGAAACUACGACUGAAGUUUUUCUUAUACCAGGUAUAGACGGGUGUGCAACUGUAUUUAAUCAUUUAGCGCCAAAUAUAAAAUUUUCAACAACGUCCCUGCAAUAUAACACAAACAACAUUGAUGCAAACAUUAUAGCGAAGACGACUGAUCAUUUCACAAACCACAUUUUAUCAUCAAAGUUGAAAGGUACAAAAGACUUUGUAGUAGUAGGGUACUCCUUUGGAUCUUUUAUCGCAAUUGAGUUGACAAGAAGGUUAGAAGCCAUGAACUUUAAAGGCCGUCUGCUUCUUAUCGACGGCGCUCCUAAACAAAUGCAGAUGAUAUACAAUAAUUAUGCGUCAGAUAUGACAGAAACAGACCUUCAAAAUAGUGUUCUAAUUAAUACUAUGGAUAUUUAUUCGCCAGGAUCUAGUAAAAAGAUUCUAAUGGAACUGAAAAAAUGUAAUACCUGGGAAGAGAGAUACAAUAUUUUCUCAAAACAGUUCUUAGCUAUGAAUAAGUUACUCUCACCAACAAAUUUAAAAACGCUGUGUACCACAGUUUAUACACAUUUAUCCAAUAUUCCGAACUAUGAUCUUUCUACAUUGUCGCCUAUCAAAUCUCCAAUAACCUUGUUAAAAUGUACAAAUUCUUUCCAUAUUCCCGAGAUUGAAGAAGAUUUUGGUUUGCAGAAGGUAACUCAAAGUGUGGUGAAGGUGCAUUACGUUGAAAGUACUCAUGUGACGAUCUUAAAAAAUAAAAAAGUGUCAGCUGCAAUUAACGGAGAACCACCAUUUACAUUUUAAUUAAAAUAAAUAACCAAUUAUUAUUAAAAUUAUAUUGACUGGCGGAUUUUAAAGGAGGGGGUUAAAACUUCCUUUGCACUCCAAAUUUUUUGAAGUCAAAUUUCACUCCAAAAGAGUGAAAUGUCACUUCUAACGAAAGCGAAAAUUGCGCCAAUCCAACAGAAAUGAUUUUUCAGUUCAAGGAGAGAGUGAAGCAUUCACUCCGUAAUUAGAAUGAAAUUUUUACUCUUAGAGAGUGAAAAUUCAUUCCAUUUGUGAAAUUAUUUUCAAUUUAAGGAGGAGUGAAUAUUUUCACUCUCUCAAAAGAAAUGAAUAAUUGAAUAGGUAAAUGUUAAAAGUAGUUAAGUCAAAUUUUGCAAUUUUAACGAAUGUAUGAUGUAUGUGCAACUGCUUCGUAUACAGUCGAAACCUCGUAUUAAUGGUUUGUACAGAGAGAAACUAUAUAUAGAGAGAUACGAGAGAAAAAUUCGUUUAAGAUCUCAAAUAUAACACCAUAGAUACAAAUCGAUGCCGAUGUUACGUGGCGAUGAAGAAGCAAUGGAAACAGACUGCGAAGCGCCGCGUUCCCUGCCGCUGGUUCACGAGUCUUCUACGCGGUCAGUCACUCUUAUUAGACUGAAAUGUCACUCUUUAGAAGUGAAUGUUGAUAGACCAUCUAAAUCACUCUUACAGUAGGAGUGAGUUUGUUCACUCCAUUGCCAAGAGUGAACUCAUUCACUCCAUUCACUAACAGUGAAAAAAUCACUCUAUUUGAAAUGAUAUGCUAUUCAUUCCAGCAAAGAGUGACAUAUUUCACUCCAAAAAAUUUCAAAUGUGUGGUUAAAACCCCGUCUUUUAAAUUAAAAAAUUAGUUUUACUGAAUCUGUUAAAAAAAUUUAACUAAAAUAAUGCAGGCCGAUUAACGCGGUCAAAUCCUUAUGCAUAUAAGAUUCACUGUGUUCAAACUGUUCGAUGUUCGAUAUACGAUGCCACUCUCUAAAUUUCUUAGAGUAAAAUAUCACUCCAAAUGAGUUGAUUUUCACAUCAAGCGAUAAUGGAAAUGCUGCAACUUCUCCAUAAUAAAAAUCUACUUUUCACUAAAGUGAUUGUUUUAACUCUGAACAUGGAGUAAAACGUGUUACUCAUUUCAAAGUGAAUAUUCACUCGAUGAGAAAAUGAAGUCUUCACUAUUUCAUCGAGUAAAUUUUUCUCUUUUAUGUUACGAGUGAACAGAUUCACUCAUAUCAUAGGGCCUUAACAGAAUGGCUUAUAAUUUUAAGACAAUAUUUUAUGGUUUAAAUCUUUAAGUAACACACAAUAACUGUCUUGACACACGCGAGACACGUUAACAUUGCAAGACAACGACUUAUUAUUUCUCGGUCUUUGUCGCAAAUAAAUCUUUCUCAAAACUACGUUCACACGCGAGACACGUUAACGAGCCGACUUGUGCCGCAGUUUCAGUCUUUGCCGCAAACAAGCGCGAACGUGUUUCACACUCGUGCACAUUUAAUAUGUUUUUCAGUCUUCACGAAUGAAAACAUUCUACUCCGUAUUAUGUAGAGUGAAAAUAUUUACUACAUAGAGGGAAAAUAUACUCUACAUAAUAAAGUACACAUGUUUCACUUCAUUUUACAGAGUUAAAAAUUUAUUAUAUAACAAAAAGUAAAAGAAUUAACUCCAUAUAAAUAAAAAAUCACUCUAAGUCGAGUAAUUCGACCAGUCACUCAUUUUUUUGAGUAAAUUAUCACUCUAAGAAAUUUAGAGAGCAGGGAACAAUUUUAUUAACUUCUCCUACCCUUCACCCCAUUAUUGACAACAGAAUAUUGACAUUAUUGUCAACAGUAAGUCGACAUCUUUUCUAUUUU